AAAACUCAGAUAACAUAUCACCAGGAAUUGUUUUCAACUCUCAAUUCUGUAAUUUUCUUUUUGAUUUUUUAUUAUUUCCCCUUCAUAAUCUCAUUUCAUCACCUACUGUCACUUGUUUCUCACUUUUAAAUUUAUAAAAUAAUUUUUAAAAAAUAUUUUAUGAAUUUUCUAUGCGCCAAACUUUCUCUCAUUUUCCCUCAAUCAUUUCAUUUUCUUUGCCUUUCUCUCCGUAUCUCUCUGUAAUUUGCCGUUUCGGUUACGUAUUGGAAAAUGAAUUGAAAUUGUUAGUAAUUCUAUGAUAAGAAAUCUUCAUUCAUUUGAAUAAUUUGGUGCGUUUUGGAGCGGGCAUUGACGGAGAAAUUGUGUUGAUUUUAAUUCUAUGAUAAGAAAUCUUAAUUUAUUUGAAUAAUUUGGCGUGUUUUAAAGAAGGCAUUGUCAGGAAACUUUUUUGUGUUGAAUUUACGUCGGAAUUGAGUCGAUUAAAUUUGAAAUUGAGAACCUGACUCGGGGAUCCGUGGUGGGUUUAUUGAAAGAGAAAUGUGAUCCAAUUUGCGGUGAUAGGAAGAAAACGUUUUGGAUACUAUCGGCGUAGUAACAGCGCCAUCAGAUGGCGCUGUUCAGACGCUUGUUUUACCGGAAGCCGCCGGAUCGGCUUCUCGAGAUCUCCGAACAUGUCUACGUAUUUGACUGUUGCUUCACUGCUGACGUUUUGGAAGAAGAUGAGUUCAAAGUGUAUAUGGGUAGCAUUGUGGCACAGCUACAAGACUACUUUCCAGAUGCUUCUUUCAUGGUUUUUAAUUUCAGAGAAGGGGACAGGCGGAGCCGAAUUUCGGACAUUUUAAGCGAGUAUGACAUGACAGUUAUGGACUACCCACGGCAAUAUGAGGGAUGCCCGUUGCUGCCACUUGAAAUGAUUCAUCACUUCCUUCGAUCGAGUGACAGCUGGUUGUCAUUGGAAGGGCAGCAGAAUGUGCUUUUGAUGCACUGUGAAAGAGGAGGAUGGCCUGUACUCGCUUUCAUGCUUGCCAGUCUUCUGUUAUAUCGAAAACAAUAUAGUGGCGAGCAGAAGACUCUUGAAAUGGUCUACAAGCAAGCUCCUAGGGACCUUCUCAAGCUUCUGUCCCCUUUGAACCCUCGGCCUUCUCAUUUGAGAUAUUUGCAGUAUAUUUCUAGAAGGAAUUUGAGUUCUGAUUGGCCUCCAGCACAUACACCUAGAGAUUUGGAUUGCAUAAUUCUUAGAGUUCUUCCUCUUUUUGAAGGGGGAGAAGGCUGCAGGCCAGUUAUACAUGUUUAUGGAAUGGACCCCAAAACACCAGCCAAUAGAAGUUCUAAGCUUCUGUUUUCAACUUCAAAGACGAAAAAGCAAGUUCCUUACUUCCGAAAGGAAGAGUGUGCAUUGGUGACAAUAGAUACUCAUUGUCAUAUUCAAGGGGAUGUUGUGCUUGAGUGCGUCCAUUUAUAUGACGAUUUGGUACAUGAAGAGACGAUAUUCAGAGUUAUGUUUCACACAGCGUUUGUUCGAAGAAAUAUUUUAAUAUUCAAUCACGAUGAUGUUGAUGUGUUGUGGGAUGCCAGGCAUCAAUUUCCAAAGGACUUCACAGUAGAGGUGGUUUUUAUGGACCGUGAUGCGGUUGUCCCUAAUCUCCCCAGAGUCGCAACAAAAAGUGAAGAUCGGAAUGACGGUGAAUGUGCUUCACCAGAGGAAUUUUUCGAGGUGGAAGAGAUCUUCAGCAAUGCAGUUGAUGCGGUGGAGGGAAAGGUUGAUGUGCUGGAUGGAAAAGUCGAUGCGCUGGAUGGAAAGGUGGAUUACGACAGUCAGAUAGUUCAUGAAAACAAGCCAGAGCAGAAAGAUAUCUUGAGAGAGGAUGUAGAUUCCCAUUUGCUGGAUGGAAAGGUGGAUUACAACAGUCAGAUAGUCCAUGAAAACAAGCCAGAGCAGAAAGAUAUCUCAAGGGAGGAUGUAGAUCCCCAUGCACUGGAUGGAAAGGUGGAUUAUGACAGUCAGAUAGUUCAUGAAAACAAGCCAGAGCAGAAAGAUAUCUUGAGGGAAGAUGUAGAUCCCCAUAGAAUUCAAGAAUGUUCCACAUAUGAUGGGAAUAAAAAACAGGAUGUCAAGUUUGAUUCUAGUAUAGAUGCAGUGAAGGACAUAGCUAUGGAUGAUGUGAAUUACAAAUUACACAUGAAGCUGGAUUCUGACAUUAAUGCUGUGAAAGACAUAGCUGUUGAUGAUGGAGACAUUAAGGCCGGUUCAGUGGAAUUUACUAUCAACCUGUUGAGAGAGAGAGAAACCAAGGAGGUGACGGAAGAUGUGCUUGGCAAGUUGGAAGACACGGCAGAUACAGGCAAUAGAGAAGAAUCUGUUCCACUGAAGAAGCAAAGGUUGAAAACCGAUGUUUCCAGAUCUAAACCCGAGAAAAUACUGCCUAUUUCAAAGAAACAAGACGGGCUGUCUCCAAAACCAGCUUCAGAUUCUGCUCUGGUGAAACCAAAGAGCCGACAACUAGAACCUCAGGGCCAACCUGCAAGGCCAGCAAAGCCAAAUGCCGUAUCUCGGUGGAUCCCUCCUAACAAGGGAUCUUAUGCUAAUUCGAUGCAUGUAUCGUAUCCACCAUCAAGACCUAAUAGUGCACCACCUGUACCAUCCAGUACUUUGAGGAAAUCGAAGUCUGUUUCCAAUCUAAAGGGUUCUAUUGGAGCUGUGAUUUCAAAGGAUGUUUCAUCCAAGCAAAAAUGUCAGAAGGUUGACGAUACAAAGACUUCAAAGGAUUUUUCAUCCGAGCAAAAAGGUCAGAAGGUUGACCUUACAAAGCCUUCAGGCUCUCCAAAAGAAAUAUAUACCGCUCCAAUAAUUCCAACACCACUGCCUGGCUUACAGCAAUCAGUAUAUAUUCCACCUAGCACUCCAGCAGCUGCACCACCACCUGCUCCUCCUUCCCCACCUCCACCAAGAUCUUUGUUGGCUUCACAAUCUUUGGAAGAAAAUACAAUAUCUAUACUACCUCCCCCACUUUCUGGAAAUGUUUCUAGAAUGUCUUUUGCUGCAUUAUCUACCCCUCCUCCUCCUCCUCCACCACCACCUUGCACAGCAAUAAAAGUACAUACUACUGGGAUGCUUUCUCAAAAUCCAGUGGCAGUUCCUCCACCACUGCCUCCCUCUCCCCCAUUUUCUAAUCCUCAGAUUUCUAAACUCUUUUCGUCUCGUCCACCACCUUCACCACCUUUGAAGUCUAGGUUUUCUUCAGCUUUCCUUAAUGUACUACAUUCUCAAGCUCCUCCUCGCCCAUCUCCUGUCAGAUCAUUGGGUACAUCAAAACUUGGUAAUGUACCUUCUUUCCAUCAAAAGCCCCCUCCCACUCCUCCAACUCAAGGUGCUAUGGCUCCAUCUAUCAUGCAUGAAGUGCUAUCAGCACCUUCUCCACCCCUAGCCCCUCCAUUGUGUGAUGCUCCAUCCUCCCCUCCCCUCCCACCUCUAGUACCCACUAGACAUGUACCUUUGCCACCCCCACCCCCCCCACCACCUCCUCAGUAUAGAGCUUUGGCACCUCUAUCGCAACCAAUGCCUCAUUACAUAGCCUCUACUCCACCAAUACUACUACCACCACCUUUAUUGCUGGGAAUGUGUGCAUCUUCUUCACUGCCCUCACCAAUGCCUCAUUCUCCAUCUCCUCCCCUUGAACUACCCCCAUUGAUGUCUACUACCCCAUCUCCUCCACCACCUCCAUUAACUAGUGCCCCAACUCCACCUCCACUACCCCCAUCAAUGUCUACUACCUCAAUUCCUCCUUCACCACCCUUAUUGAUCUGUAGUGCCACAAUUCCUCCUCCACCUCCAUCACAACCCCCAUUGAUGUCUAGUGCCCUCCCUCCUCCACCUUCAGCACCCCUAUUGAUGUCUAACGCGUCACUUCCUCCGACACCUCCAUCACCCCCAUCAAUAUCUAGCUGCCCUCCUCCUCCUGCUCUUCCACUCCCAUCAAUGUCUAGCGUCCUACUUCCUCCUCUAGCUCCACUACCCCCCUUGAUGUCUAGUGUUCCACCUCCACCUCCUCCUCCUCCAACUCCAUCACCCUUAUCAGUGUAUGGCACCCCACUUCCUUCAUCUCCACUAGCCCCAUCAAUGUCUAGUGACCCACCUCCACAACUCCCAUCAAUGUCUAAUGCCCUACUUCCUCCACCUUCACCACCCUCUUUGACGACUAUUGCCCCACUUCCUUUUCUACCUUCACCAUCCUUUUCAAUGACUAGUGUCCCACCUCCUCCACCUUCAUCUCUACCUCCCCAAUUGACAUCUAGUGCUCCAAUUCCUUCUCCGCCUUCACCAUCCUCUUCAACAACUAGUGUCCCACUUCCUCCUCCACCUUCACCACCCUUUUCAGCAACUAUUGCCCCACAUCCUCCUCCACCUUCACCACCCUCUUCAACGACUACUGUCCCACUUCCUCUAACCUCACCACCUUUUUCAACUACUAUUGCCUCGUCUCCUCCAUCUCCACCACCUCCACCAAUGUGUAGUACUCCACUUCCUCCAUUUUCACCACCCUUUUCAACUACUAUUGCCUCGUCUCCUCCAUCUCCACCACCCCCACCAAUGUGUAGUACUCCACUUCCUCCGCCUUCACCACCCUCUUUGACUAAUAUUGUCCCAUCUCCUCCAGCUCCACAACUCCCAUCAAUGUCUAGUGCUUCACUUCCUCCACCUUCACCACCUUCUUCGGUUACUAGUGCCUUACCUCCUUCAAUUCCACCACCAUCUCCACCUCCCCUAUUGAUGUCUACUGCCUCGUUUCCUGCUCCACCUUCACCACCCUCUUUGACAACUAGUGCCCCACCUCCUCCAUCUCCACCACCCCCAUCAAUAUCUAACACCCCACUUCCUCCCCCGUCGGUAUCUAGUGCUCCACUUCCUCUUUCACUUUCGCCAACCACUUUGAUGACUAGUGCCCCACCUCCUUCACCUUCACUACCAUCUCCACCUCCCACAUUGAUGUCUACUGCCCCACUUCCUCCUCCAUCUUCACCACCCUCUGCAACGACUAGUGCCCCACCUCUUUUGUCUCCAUCACCCCUAUCAAUAUCUAGCAUCCAACCUCUUCCCUCAUCGAUGUCUAGUGCUUCAAUUCCUCGUUCUCCUUCACCAACCACUUUGACAACUAGUGCCCUACCUCCUCCAUCUCCACCACCUUCUUCAAUAUCUAGCACCCCACCUCCUCCUUCACCAACCACUUCGAUGACUAGUACCCCAGCUCCUCCAUCUCCACCACCCCCAUCAAUAUCUAGCACCCCACCUCCUCCCCCAUCGAUGUCUAGUGCUUCAAUUCCUCCUUCACCUUCACCAAAUACUUUGAUGACUAGUGCCCUACUCCCUCCACCUCCUCCAUCUCCACCACCCCCAUCAAUAUCUAGCACCCCACCUCCUCCUUCACCAACCACUUUGACGACUAGUGCCCCACCUCCUCCAUCUCCACCGCCCCCAUCAACAUCUAACACCCAACCUCCUCCCCCAUCGAUAUCUAGUGCUUCACUUCCUCCUUCACCUUUAUCAACCACUUUUUCAACUAGUGCCUCACCUCCAUCUCCACCACCCCAAUUGGUGUCUAGUGUCCCACCUUCAUCACCCCCAUCGAUGUCUAGUGUCUCACCUCCUCCACCUCCACCACCCUCAUCAAUGUUUGAUGUCCCUCAUCCACCCCUUCCCCCAUUACCUGGAGUGCCACCUCCACCUCCUACCCCCUUUGGAGCACCACUCCCACCACCUCCACCUGUUAAUGAAAUUGUAGCACCAGCCCCACUUAUGCAUGGAGCUCCACCACCUCCACCGUUGCCUCCUACUAUUGGAGAACCACCUCCACCGCCACCUUCUGGGGUACCGCCACCUCCACCGCCGCCUCUUGGAAUUGAACCACCACUUCCAGCGCCACCUUUUGGAGUUGGACCACCACCGCCACCACCACCUCCAGGAGGAGGAGCACCACCUCCGCCACCACCUCCUGGUGGAGGAGCACCACCUCCGCCACCACCUCCUGGAGGAGGAGCACCACCUCCUGGUGGUGGAGCACCACCUCCGCCACCACCUCCUGGAGGAGGAGCUCCUGGCCCUCCAGCACCACCUGGAGCUGUUGGUGGUGGACCUCCGCCGCCUCCACCAUUCGGUGCCAAAGGAGCUGACGCAAGAGGAAGAGGGCGUGGGCUAUCACGUUCAGGAGCUAUUCAAACAGCUAGGAGAUCCUCCUUAAAGCCCUUACACUGGAGUAAAGUCUCAAGGGCAAUACAAGGAAGCUUAUGGGAAGAAUUGCAAAGACAUGGAGAGCCUCAAGUUGCACCAGAAUUUGAUGUGUCAGAGCUUGAGACUCUUUUCUCCAACGUUGUUCCUAAGCGUUCAGGUGACAAAGGGAAAGGCAAGUCAGCUGGACCAAAAACUGACAAAGUCCACCUGAUUGACUUGAGGAGGGCUAACAACACUGAAAUUAUGCUCACUAAAGUUAAGAUGCCACUUCCUGAUAUGAUGGCUGCAGUGCUAGCAAUGGAUGAUACGGUAUUAGAUGUUGAUCAAGUGGAAAAUCUCAUAAAAUUUUGUCCAACUAAAGAGGAAAUGGAACUUCUCAAGAACUACACUGGUGACAAGGAGAGUCUAGGGAAGUGUGAACAGUACUUUUUGGAGCUGAUGAAAGUGCCACGAGUAGAGUCAAAACUAAGAGUGUUUUGUUUCAAGAUUCAGUUCCGAACUCAGGUUUCUGAAUUUAAAAGGAGCUUAAAUAUUGUAAAUUCUGCAUGUAAUGAGGUACGAAAUUCCCUUAAAUUGAAGGAUCUCAUGAAGAAAAUUCUCUAUCUAGGAAAUACAUUGAACCAAGGAACUGCAAGGGGUGCUGCUGUUGGGUUUAAGUUGGACAGUCUUCUAAAGCUCACAGAUACACGUGCUUCUACCAGCAGGAUGACGCUAAUGCACUAUCUUUGCAAGGUCCUAGCUGCCAAGAAACCAGCUCUAUUAGAUUUUCACCUCGAUUUUGUUAGCCUUGAAGCUGCAACUAAGAUACAAUUAAAAGCUUUAGCAGAAGAAAUGCAAGCUAUAAUUAAGGGAUUAGAAAAGGUUAAGCAGGAGCUGGCUGCCUCAGAAAAUGACGGUCCUGUUUCCGAAGUUUUCCAUAAGACAUUAAAGGAAUUCGUUAGUGGUGCUGAAGCGGAGGCAGCAUCUGUAACAAAUCUAUACUCUACGACGGGUAGAAAUGCAGAUGCACUUGCACUCUAUUUUGGUGAGGAUCCUGCCCGAUGCCCAUUUGAGCAAGUUGAAUUGGUCCAAUGCAGUUACUUCAACACUCUUAAAUUUUGUGAGGUUGUUUCGAAAAGCACACGAAGAGAAUGUAAAGGAGGCUGAAGCGGAGCAGAAGAAAGCCGAGAAGGAGGCUGAAACAGAGAAGAGUAAGGGAAAGCAGGAAGCGGAAUAGUCCAGGAUCAGUUUCUCUAAUCCUACAAAGGUAAUAUUGCCCUUGUAUAGCAGCUGAUGUCUGUGCCAAAGAGUUCACCUGAAUGGCAGGAAAUGCUGCUUUUGAGGGCUGAUGAAAUGAUGAUGCCUGCCUUCGGAGAUGUUGUAAAUGAGGCAAGGACCUUGACCAGGAAGCUUGCAGGCCUCGAACUUUGCAUGAGGCUUCAGGGACAUUUUCUAUGGUAAGAUGCUCAAUCCCAUUAUUGUUGAAUGAUCGAUGAAACUUUCGGAGUAGAUGUCCCAUGGACCAAGCUUCGAAGCCGAGUGGUUAUGAUCACAACCGAGCAGUGGAGGUUCUCAGUGCAAGUUAUCAAGGUCAGUGCAAUGACACUUCUAGCAUUAAUCCAAUGCUUGGCGGUGUUAGGCGAUCUCUUUUCAGCUUCCACCAUUCAUUUAUUGUAUUUUCUUCAGCACCAGAGAGCGGAUGUGGGACAUUAAACCCCUGAAAAUCCUUACUGUACCAUGACAAAGUGUAGGUGUACAAAGCUCUAACCACACACAGAGUAAGCAUCCAAUUCAUUUUUCUUGUAACAUAAAUCAUUUUUUUGUUUUUUCAUUUUAGUUCUUUUUUCUCCUGGAAAAAAGAUGGAGAUUUUUUUGACAGUAGCCAAUCAUAGAAAAGAGAUUGUAUAGGGUGUUAGAUUUUAGAAAUGAGAAGAAAUUAGAAGACAGGCAUUCUUAGUGUAAUUGUAAUAUAGCAUCAAAAUCUUGCUGUCCAUUUUAAACAGCUUUGAUAUUCUUUCA